ACAUCUAGAUGAUGCUGAUGUAUCCUAUGGGGACGGUGUGUUGACAGUUAAAUUUGGUAAUAAAUACGGCACGUACGUGAUAAAUCGUCAGUCACCGAAUAAACAGAUCUGGUUAUCAUCGCCAACGUCUGGACCUAAACGAUUAUGGAUGAAAUAAUGGAAGAUGGAAAUCUCGUUGAUCGAGUUAGAAUUCUAUUGCAAAGAGACAUGCAAUAUUAUCAGGCGCAGCAAACAGUUCUACGUGAAUCAUUGUGUAACAGAGUAAGCGGUGGUAAACUGGAUUUUCCUCGUCACGCAUCAUUCGCAGCCGUUAAAAUCGUUAAGUGGUGGGAAGCUGAGUUUAUAAUUGCAUUUAAAUACCCAUCAGGAUUAUGCGUUUCAGCUCAACAGGAUUCAUCAGAUAAAGCUGAUGAACAAGUUGUCAAAAAAACUAAACCCUCUGAUUUUAUUUUAUUGGUUGUUGAUACAUCUGAACAACUAAUUGAACAUUUACACGCUUUAAUUCAAGAAUCACUUGAUCACGCGGACUUGGCAGUAUUGACUGCAACACUUGGAGCUGCAGCUUUAAUGAGAAAUUGCUUAUGGUGUUAUAAUCAACAGUCUAAAGAUAAAAUACCCAAACAAAUAAGUGAAAAACUUCAUCAAUGUUACAAAUCGUAUCAAGAAAUGGCUGAAGCUGUGGCUGAGAAACUUCUUGAUCUUCAUUGUCGUUUAAUUUCUUUAUAUAUUUUAAACGAAGCUGACUCACUCAAUUGGCAAAGCAAUAAGCCUUUUUUUGAGCGAGAAAGAUCCUCAUUUAUUAUUCAAAUGUGGUGGCUUUACAUGCAGGGUACAAAAGCAGACUUAUGGAAUACUGUAUCACCUAAAAUGGCACAAAGAAUAUUUGCCGGGAUGCUCAAUGAAUCACUGACCAUUAUCGUAUCACGAUUUAUUCACGGACGUCCAAGUUUAACGAGGUCACAACAAUUUUGGUCGGAUGCGUUUAAUGUUUUGAGCUGCACCGCUUACCUUGCAUUAGCUGGUUCUGCUGAUGCCAAUGAACUUAUAGGAUUACGUAUGAAUAAAUUAUCAAUUGUAAUGAGAGAUAUCCAUGCUAAAUGCCGCGAAUUGCUAAUUUGUUUACUUUUGCGUGGUACACCGUUGAAAACCCUUUAUCAAGUUUGUCGGAACGGAUUAGAAGGCAUGCCGAUGCUUAAGAAACAAUGUGGUCCAGCACCUUGGUUGAUAAUAAGCGCUCCAAAGCUCUUUGGAUCCCCAGUACUAAAAAGUGUUAAUUUAUCUUUACCAGAAGAUCAAGCUCUUAUCUUGGAGAUAAAUGUCUUGAGGUGUCAACCACAAGCUAAAUGGCCUCAAUUACUUAAAGUUUUAUCAAUGAAUGAAUGCUUGGUGGCACGAAUCCUGUUAAGUACACUGAUACGUCAAUGUGUCGGUAAAAAUGAAGAUAUUAACUCAAUGAUAAGAUACACUAAAUCAAAAGAAAAUUCAAAUGAUUGUGGGGGAUUUUUAUGCACCGGUUGCCAACAAAAUCUCUCAAAUUUACCGCCUACUUUAUAUCUCUACAGUCUGAUGUACGUAUUGAUUAAUACGGCAAUGGAUCCACUCGACGUUGUCAUUCCCGCACUCAAGCAGGAUAUUAAUUGGUCCAAUUACCUUGAUAGACAGCAGGUAUGGAAUCAAUGUCGAGCUCCCUGGUUAAAUGCUCUCCUGGCUCCAUUUAAAACCAUUAUGACACCUAUUGUCAAUACUCUACUUGAUGCAAUAAGGACAGGUGCAAGUAUUUAUCAAACAAUGUCACUGGCAUUGGCUUGUUUUUCUGAGCUUUUUAUGUGCACUCCAAUAAACGUACUACGUAUUAUUAAUUUUAUAAAUAAAAAUAUACCCGCUCACUGUCAUCCAAUCGGUGGUUCAGUAUUUAUACAAAUAUUUUGUGCUGCUCUUUAUUCAGCAUUACUUGAAAUAUCAAAUAACACCGGUGAUAUGUCUGACAAAUCAGAUAUUCAAGAAACACCACCAAGUAUCGCUGACUCUUAUGCAUUUGAUCCUCAAGACAAAGCCGCCUCCGCUACAGCACUAGCUGAAGCUGUUUGCAGUAUUGAUGAAGACAACAAACACACCGCCCAAAUAGAAGCUAUAAUCAAACGCUUUCAAGCAUGGAUUAAAGAAGAAGAAGAAGAUAGUCCGAGAAUGAAAAAAUUAAAUACUAGUUCUCUGUGGAUUGAAACUUAUGCUGACGAGUUAUUAUUCACGGAAAUUGGACGUCGAUCUUUGAAAAUUACUUAUGAAUAUUUGAUACGUGCUUCGGAUUGGAUACUAAAUAAUCUUGUUAAAAGACCAGACGAAAUGAAAAACGAUUUUAAAAAUACUACUGACGCUCAUGUAUCCGCGAAACCUCUUACAUAUGUCAUGUUUCACAUUGAACAUGAUCCAUUUGACCAAUGGCUAACAAAUUUAGAUGAAUCUAAUUGGCAGGUGAUAUUGAAUAUGCCGCUAGAAGUGACCCUAGAUCGGCUCCAAAGUCAAAUUCUCGUAAGACCAGAGUUUAAGAAUAUUGGAGAACUGUCGUCUGACGACAAAGAUGUAGCGAUUGCAUUAAAAAAUUUAUGCGCAGCUUCACAAUCAACUUCGUUUGAAUAAACAAUUUUAUAUUGAUUAAUAUAAUUGUUUUAUUUAAAAUUAUAGUAAUGAGGGGACAGGUUAUUGCGUAAUAAAGUAUGGGGCGUAUGGGGAUAUAUAUAAGAGAUGUGACGACAGGGAUAUAAAUUUACCUGGGGCGCCGGUGGACCGGAACGGCCGAACCGAAGACGUAGAGACGGUGAACGCUGUGAUUUUCGUAUCAUUAAAUGUUCGUAUGGCGAAUCCAGUGGAAUUGAUGAUCUGAAACUACCGUCGAAUGAAUUACGUCGCAACAAGUACCUGUAGAAUUCACGCAAGUUCUCGAGAUUACGAUCUGCAUUCUCUUCUAUAAAAAUAAACAGACAUUUUUCUUUUUUUUUUUUUUUUUCUUGAUUAAUUUUCUAUUUAAUUAAAAACUUCCAAGUCUAGAUAAAUUAUAAAUUAUGUAAUCAAAGUAUUAAUAAUAUUAUAUUUUUUAAUUAAAAUGUCACCGAUAAAAUAAUAUAUUUAUUACGUAGACUUUUAAUAGCUUUCUGAACAUACUCUCGCGAUAAUAUCAAAAUAUUUUUACGUUAAAAUUAUGAGACCUCGUAAAAAUUUAUGAGAAAAAAAUUAUAUUAGAACAUUGACUCAAACUUUUAUGUAUACUACAAAAUAUUUAUUGCUUAAUAAUGCGAUAACUAUUUUUCAUCAUUGUCUACUAAAACUGUACGACAUUAAAUACAGAUUAAUGUAAUUAUUAUCGAUACACUGUAAAAAAUCACCGGGGUAAGUCCGAACGGUGUAGGUGUUAAAAUUAUCGGUGUUAAAUUUACCCCCGAAAGCGGUGUGAAAAUAACGCCGCCACCGGUGUAAAUAUUUUGUACCGGUGUUAAAAUAACGCCGUCACCGGUGUAAAUAUUCUAGACCGGUGUUAAAAUAACGCCGCCAUCGGUGUAAAUAUUCUAGACCGGUGUUAAAAUAACGCCGCCGCCGGUGUAGAUAUUCUUUACCGGUGUUAAAAUAUUUUAUUUUGUGAAUAUUUUUACUUACUCGAUCACUAUACUUGUUAAUAAAUGAUAUUCUUUAUUAAUUUUCAUAAAGAACUGAUAUUUUUUGUGUUUUAUAAUCUUUAAAGUUAAUACUCCAAGCGGACGCAAUUUACCCCGCUUUGACACCGGUAUUACUCCGCUUUUACACCGGUUACCCCGCUUUUACACCGAUAUUACUCCGUUUUUACACCGGUUACCCCGCUUUUACACCGAUAUUACUCCGUUUUUACACCGGUUACCCCGCUUUUACACCGAUAUUACUCCGUUUUUACACCGGUUACCCCGCUUUUACAUCGAUUUUACUCCGCUUUGACACCGGUUACCCCGCUUUAACACCGGUAUUUUUAACACCGGUGUAUUACUCCUCCUACACCGGUGUAAUUUCAUUUUUACACCGGGCGGAGUUAAAACGAGUCCAUUUUUUAACACCGCUCUUUUUACAGUGUAUAAUUAAUAAAAAAAAAAAAUUAAAUUAUUUGAAUUUAAAAAAAUGAAAUCUGCGUAAAUAUAUAUCAGGAAUUAGUGGCUAGUGAAUAGCUAUUUCAUUUAGUCGAUAAUCGAUUAAAUAUAAAAAAUUUGUACAUUCCCAUGUGGCUACUUUGGUCUCCGUUAAAUCGAAAAAACCCACACUUAUAGUGUUCAACACUCCCCAGCGACGGUAAAAGUAAUGUGCUAAGAAAUCUAUUGCCGGUCGCCCUUCCGGUUCAUAGUAAUGAAAAAAUAAUGAGUAGAAAAAAAUCUGUUAAGUCAGACUUUUACCAAACAAAUUCUCUUAUUAUUAUUUUUUUCAUUACAUGAAAUUAUUUAUUUUUUUUUUUUAAAUUAUUCCAAUACUACCCAUUGUUUCGCUGAUGAUUGAUAAGAUAAAUUUAAUUAAAAUGAGAUAAAGUUGAUUAUCACGUACGUCAUUAAAGGUUGUGACAUUAUGACAUUAAAUAAAUUGUUGAUAAUUUACUCAACUGUUAAAAAUCUACGCAAUUAUAUCAAAUAUAAAAAUGAAAGAAAACAAAAGUUUUUUUUAAUUAAAUGCAUAUAAAAUUUUUAUAUUUAUUAUUAAAUAAAUAUGAAUAAAACAAAAUGUUGCAUGUGGUACCCAUUAGUUAAUUAAAAGUUUUCGCCAAUUUUACUACAUCAUUAUUAAUUAUAUAAUUAAUAUAGAUACUUCUGUGUGUUCAACAGUAUUAAUAAAUAAAUACUGACACAAGUUUUUUGUGGAUUAAAAUAAAAUACCAACAUGAAAAAAAGUAGCACAUAAAUAUUUGCCAUGUAAUACUUUGUAAAUAUCACAUAUAUUUUUAAGUUGAAUUUUUUUUUAAUAAUGUUUACUGAAGAAUUAUAUAUAAGUUUUACCUCCGUAAUCCAGGUAGUUUUCUGCAGCAACAACAACCCCCACGAUGAAAAACAAGACAAUAGCACAACUGUAACUCCUCAUUAUUCUCUUUUGUUUUAUC